CCGGCUAGUGUACCGAGGAGCGAAAGAGGAGCAGGUGAAACGCCUGAUGUUUGGAAAGCGUAGGUGACUGCGUGUCGUGGGAGCAUUGCCCUUUAAUCUCCGAUAACAUAACUUUCUUCAGAUUUGGAAUACACACACCUAAUAUCGAUAUUGACUGGGUGACAACUGCACUUGGUUACCGCAUUACUGGAUUGGGUGUUGAUCAGGUGGCGUGGCCAUGAAUAAGCUGCGGCAGAGUUUCCGGCGGAAGAAAGACGUGUACGUGCCGGAGUCCAGUCGGCCGCACCAGUGGCAGACCGACGAGGAGGCCGUGCGCAGCGGCAAGUGCAGCUUUGCCGUCAAGUACCUGGGCCAUGUGGAGGUUGAGGAGUCCAGAGGGAUGCAUAUCUGUGAGGAUGCGGUGAAGCGGCUGAAGACGGACAGAAAGUUCUUCAAGGGCUUCUUUACAAAAGCCGGGAAGAAACCGGUGAGGGCGGUGCUCUGGGUGUCCGCUGACGGCUUACGGGUGGUAGAUGAUAAGACAAAGGACCUGAUCCUGGACCAGACAAUAGAGAAGGUGUCGUUCUGUGCGCCGGACCGGAACUUUGAGCGGGCGUUCUCCUACAUCUGCCGAGACGGCACCACGAGGCGCUGGAUCUGCCACUGCUUCAUGGCCAUCAAGGACUCGGGAGAACGUCUGAGUCAUGCUGUGGGCUGCGCGUUCGCUGCGUGUCUGGAACGUAAGCAGAAGCGAGAAAAAGAGUGUGGCGUCACGGCAACCUUCGACGCCAAUCGCACUACCUUCACGCGAGAAGGCUCUUUCCGUGUAACCACGGCAACUGAGGCAGCUGAACGGGAGGAGGUCAUGAGACAGCUACAGGAUGCGAAGAAAGCGGAGUCGGACAUCAAAGUUGCCACGACGACGGCCCCCUCACUCAGUCAAGGCGUGGUGGGCCCCUCGUCCCCCUCCUCCGCCUCCUCCUCCCCCCCUCUGCCCGGCGGGCCGCUGGGCUCCCAGGACACUAACCCCCACGCCAUCCCUCGCCGCCACGCCCCCGUGGAGGCUCUGGCCCGCCAGGGCUCCUUCCGCGGCUUCCCGGUGCUGAGCACCAAGACCUCGCCCUUCAAGCGGCAGCUCUCGCUGCGGAUGAACGAGCUGCCCUCCACCAUGCAGCGCAAGUCCCACUUCCCCAUGAAGAACACCGUUCCUGAGGUGGAGGGCGAGGGGGACAGCAUCAGCUCCUUGUGCACUCAGAUCACCUCAGCCUUCAGUGGCCCCGCCCAGGACCCCUUUAGCUCCGCCCCCAUGCCCAAACCAGCCUCGUCACCCCAGUCUCCAGCUGCCCCAGUGAAUGGCUCAGCUCCUGCCUUCCCCCCUCCCCCUGUCCCUGCUCCUGCUCCUGCCCCUGCUCCUGCCCCUGUUGUAACCGUUAAUGCCCCAGCGCUGCCUCCUCCUCCGCUGCCUGCACGUGAAACUAACCCCUGGGCCAAAGCACCUGUGGCCCCCACGGCUCCAGCUCACGCAGGAGGAGACUGGAGCAGCCCUGCUGCCGGCGUGGCGUCUCUGCCCAUCAGCACUCUGACGCCCCCCGGCGGCCCCGCCUCCUCGCACAGACGCACCCCGUCCGAGGCCGACCGCUGGCUGGAGGAAGUGACCCGGUCCGUGCGCGUCCCGCAGUCCUCCACGCCCCCCGCCCAGCCGUUCCCAGCAGCAGCAGCGGUGGCGCCCGUGCCCGUACCCGCCCCGAUGGCGCCUGCUCCAGCGCCCCCCAUGGUGCCCGCCGCCGCACCCCCCAUGGCCUUCAUGCCCCCCAUGCCCCCUCCAGCGGUGCCCAUCCUGCCGCCGCGGCAGCCUGCCUUCCACCCCCAGCCCUCCGCGCCAGCCUACCCGAUGGCGAACGGUCUGCCCUACGGUCAACCCAGCGUGCCCGUGGUGGGCAUCACUCCCUCCCAGAUGGUGGCCAACGUCUUCGGCUCCGCCGCCCAGCCGCAGCAGCUGCCCGCGCCAGGGCCUUUCCUGCCCCCGAUGCCGCAGCAGUGCCCACCCAUGCCCCAGCAGUUUGACCCCCACGGCGCCUUCGGCAAGCCUCCGAUGCCCCCAGUGCCCGUCAGCGCCCAGGCCAGCAUCAGCCUUCAGCCGCCCAACGGCAACGCCGCCUUCAACGGCACCGACAACUGGGCCGGCCCCCCCGCCGCUGCCUCCAUGGGCUCCCCGGCACCCCCGCCACCCCCACAGGCCGACGCCUUCGAGGCCCAGUGGGCGGCGCUAGAGAGCCGCACGCACCAACGCACCACGCCCUCCCCCACCAACCCCUUCUCCAGCGAGCUGCACAAGACCUUUGAGAUCCAGCUCUGAGAGGGGAUCAGGCCAGCGUGCCA